GAUGACUGAUAACUGAUUGUAAAUUCUUUUAAAUUAAAAUCCAAAAAUAUGGAUAGGUUAGGAUUUGCUACUUGUUUUGUUGUUUUUCAAAACAAAUAAGAAAUUCCAUCAAAAUGUUAUUUUUAUAUUUUUUAAGUAUUGUAUCUAUAGUAGUGCAGGCAGUGUUUGUCACAAUGGCAAUAGCUUCUGGCCUGUAUUACCUAGCGGAGUUAGUAGAGGAGUACUCUGUGAUGGCUAAAUAUGUUAUAAGCUGGACUGUUGUAGUAACAGUGGCAAUACACAUAGGGUUAAUAUUAUUUGAAGACAUACCACUAUAUUUGAACGGCAUGGGGCUACUCCAGCAACUGUUCCACGGGCUGUUACUGAAGGACUUCCCGGUGUUCAGGUUCACAAGUGUGACUUUCAUAGCCGGAGUAAUCAAUCUGGUUGUGUACCAUUAUUUGGCUCUGCAGUUCUUCGGAUCUACUUAUUAUGGAUUCUCAGAGGUACUUGCAUACUUUACAUUGUGCCUGUGGAUUGUUCCAUUUGCAUUGUUCGUCUCAAUGUCUGCCAACGACUAUGUACUGCCGAUUACAGGAGAGAGGCAACAUUUGCUUGGCGAAAACAACGUUGUCACAGAUUACUUAUCCCAGAAAGCGAAGCGGUACAGCCUACUGUCAUUCUUCAGUUUCGCAAAGGACUCCAUAUUGCCGCAAAGGAAUAAAAAGGCUUUUUAGAUUAA